AUGGAAGAACCCUCGUCUUCCUCCACCCAGAAACCCAUCCCUUCCAGCUCCACAGACAAUGGUAGCAGUACUGGUAGUACCUUCACACUUCCUAAGCAAUUGGAGGGCAUCAAACCUGCUGCAGAGUUCCCUGGCGUCCGCCAUCGAUGGAACACUAAUGAGGAGAUAGCAUCAAUUCUUAUUGCAUUUGACAAGCAUAAAGAAUGGAUGCAUGUGGAGAUGAAAGUCCGACCUCCCAGUGGAUCAAUGCUGCUGUACAGCCGCAAGAAGGUACGAUACAGAAAAGAUGGCUACUGCUGGAAAAAGCGAAAAGAUGGAAAAAAUAUCCGAGAAGAUCAUAUGAAGUUGAAAGUUCAGGGAUUAGAGUGUAUUUAUGGUUCCUAUGUACACUCUGACAUACUACCAACUUUCCAUCGACGUUGCUACUGGUUACUGCAGAACCCUGACAUUGUGAUAGUACACUAUUUAAAUGUUCCCUACCAAGACAAUACUAAGAUGAAAAUUCCAGUUAUAUCUCAGGCCUUUGAGAAGAAGGAAUGGACCAAAGAGGAACUCAUAGACCAACUAAGACCCAUGUUCUCAACAGGCAGACCAGGAGAGGAGUCAGAACAAAUGAUUGAGGAGUCGGUGGAGGCCCUGGUGCGACACUUACUCGAGUACCAUGAAAAUUGUGAUAAAACGAAACCACACAAAUGUGAUAAGCCCUGUGAUACAAUCUGUUCUCACUCCAACAACAUCUACAAGCUCUCUCCACGUGGUACCUUGGCCGAACUUGACGCCUCACGCAAGGCUGAGAUUGGCACUUGCUGCGGGGCCAAGACUUCCUCCCAGAUGACCAUCAUGGCAAGUCUAGCCACCAAGGGGCCAGAGAUCUCACAGGCAGUUCAGUCUCAGGGGUGUUCUACAGUUGUUGGUGUGAAGGACAGUGUGGUGGUUCCCAUCAGUCAGAGUCAGAAAGUGGUGGAUAUUGCCGUGACAACUGGUGACAUUGCCCCCAUGCCCUAUAUCCUUAGUCUUGGUCACCUGCCCAGUACCAGUCGGUAUCUGGUUGUAGGGGGGCAGGUCAGUGCCAUGCAGACCCCAAUAACUGUCUCAGCUGCAUGUCAUGUACAGCCCAUCUCUCACCUCAUCACUCAGUUACCUAGCGACCAGUUACAGAACAACAUGCACACAGCACCCCCUCAUCAACAUCUCCAGGCGUUAUCUGUGACCCUCCCAGCACCUGUUGUUGCCACCCAGGCACAGGUGCUGUCUGCUGAUAACUCGGGGAACAAUGCCACAACGCAUCAAAGUCUUGUGACCAACAAUACAUUUGUAUCUGGCGGCAGCGCUGACCAAUCUGUCGUUCCGAUGCAGGUGACUGUUGAUGAGACCAUCGAGAGGAAAGCGGAGCUGGACAAAGGCAAUAAGCUCAAUAUCUUACCUCAUUUGCAGCGUGUGACUGUUGAAGAUGUUCAGACAGUCAUUCAAUCUCAGUCACAUAAACUCUUGCCACAGCUACAGACCAUUACUGCUGAGGAUGUGCAGACUCUCAUUCAAUCUCAUAACACUGGUGAUUCCAAAGACACCAACAGUUUAGAUCUUGAACAUUGCCAAGGAAAGGACCCUACCAACAGCAUUGAGACAGAUUCUGGAUGUCUCAACUCCAGCCUUGGCUCAACAGACUACAGUUUUGAUAAUCUUGAUUUGCUAGACUUUCCAGAUGUAGAAAAACUUGUGAAUGACUUGAGUACAUCUGAAUCUCGUGACAACUUUACCACUCGAAGUGAGGAAAUGGCUGGUCCGAUUCCUAUGCUUAAUUGUGGAAAUAGUAUCAACAACCAAAGACAAGAAGUGAAUCAAGAGAACAAAAGGUCGAGUCAAGGACAUUUAAACGAAUCUCAUGGUCAUAUUCGGCAGCAGGCUGUCACAAAUAAUCCAAUGUUACAUCAUCAGCAUAUACCUGCUAGUAGCCAUAGUGUUCACAUCAAACGAGAAGUAGAGAAAAUGGCAGAUUCUGGGAUAACCAAUGUUAGUGUUAUGUCAUCAGAUAGACUGACAGUUAAUUCACCUGUCGGCAAUAACGGGGCCAUAAUCACCGACUACUGUCCAGAGUGGUCGUAUACAGAGGGAGGGUGUAAAAUGCUGGUGGUGGGAUCCUGGUUGUCAGCCACUGCUCAAUAUGUUUGUGUGUUUGAUGGUAAAUCUGUCCCAACCAGACUAGUCCAACCAGGUGUUCUCAAGUGUUGUGUUCCAGCUCAUGCAGCCGGUUGUAUAAAUCUCCAUGUAACCUGUGAUGGCACAAUGUUCUCCAAUAGUGUACCCUUUGAAUAUAAGGACAAGAAGCUUGAGGAAACCACACAAAGUCAGCAAACAGACUGGUUCUCAUUAAAUGAUGACUGUCUGAAGCUGUUGUUGAUUGACCGUCUGGCUGAACUGGAACAAAGACUGACCAAUGUUACGACUCCAUGCGAACCUCCACAAUCCAUUCUCAGACAGAUCCAGUCAUUUCUGAUGACUGGGGACUUGGAAGAGAAACUAGUAUGGCAUGUGAAAAAGAUUGCUGGUGAGACGUGGUCAGAUGUUGACCCAUUCCCCAAGGCCGGUCCACACAACAUGACACUUCUGCAUUUAGCUGCAGCUCUGGGUUAUUCCAAGUUGAUACAGACCUUGGUUCAGUGGCGUUCUGACAACCCAUGCUGGGUACUGGAGUAUGAGGUGGACGCUCGCUGUCAAGAUGACAAUGCCUGUACUCCACUGAUGUGGGCGUGUGGGAGGGGCCAUACCCAGGCAGCUGUUGUGUUAUAUCACUGGAACUCUGAGGCAUUACAUAUCCAAAAUAAUGAGGGGCUUGUUCCGUUGAUAGUUGCUCAAAAACUUGGACACUUAGAAGUUAUAAAAACACUAGACAAAUUACUCACAGUCAAUUCCCAGAACUCUGUGUUCGCUUCGAGUGGAGGGAACUUUGUGCCCAUGCAGUCAUCUCCCCCGAAGUCUGUGGACAUGCCACUGCAGACCUCCACUCCCCUUACAAAGGAAAUGGUUCGAGGUCUGUUUAAAUCACCACCACCGGUGAGUACUGUGUCACGAAUGCCUGAGGGCACAACUGCUAGUUUCACCUCAACAUACCCUGGUGAGGGUUUUCUGAUCCGACGACAGAGUGACCAAGCCCUACGGGGCAAUUCUGCAAGGAAAAAACUUAACAAAAGGUUUUCAGUUGAUCUCCUUCCUGUGCAUUCCACAACAAACGAUGGAUCAACCAUUUCCGAUUCUGCUAAUCGGCCGAUCAGAGAGACCAAUUCUGAACCACAGCUCUCCAUGGCAACAGAUCCAUUGACCAGACAGACCAAUCCAAUGUUGUCAGAUCCGGGUCGUGACCUCACAUCACCAGAUAUGAUGAUUCAGGCUGGGGAGCCUGUGUUUGAGGCUUCUAAACAUGGAGAGGCCAACUUGGAAUCCAUGACACUAACAAAUAGGUCACAAGGCCCCAACUCUGUGCUGAUACAAAUGGACACAGAUGAGGUACUUUCCUCCGCCAGUGCUAGUCCUCUCAUAGAUGUCGAGAAUUUGUCCUCUGAUGAUGAAGACGUAGAUCUCCUUCAAAGAUGUGUUGAGAACGAGGAAGACAUCAAUCACCAGAUGGUAACAUUAGCCAAGCAAAUCAUAGCUGCCAUGCCAGAACGGAUCAAACUUUCACCAAGUCGUACAGAUGAACCAGUCCUCGAGUUCACAUAUGUGCGGGAGAGAAGUGGUUCCUACAGUUCCAUUCCAUCACAACCAUCACCACAUGCGUCAUCGUAUGAGGAAGACUCUGGGAUAUCAACACCCAUGGGUGAUGGUCUCGCUUUUGAUGAAUAUAGGUACACAGACCUUGGUACUCCGGCAUCGUCCUUGAGUCCGGACUCCACCUGCCUGCCGAGCCCUUACAGUCCUUACAGUUUCUCUCUGGACUCUCCUCCGCCCACUACUGCUGAGUUCACUGAGUAUUUCAAUGCCCCUGCCACUUUCAUGGAGAAAGAUUUCUCUCAGCUUACUCUGUCAGAUAUAGAACAGAGGAAGUUAUAUGAGGCGGCCAAGGUGAUCCAAAGUGCAUACCGACAAUACAGGGACAAGCAGCAGUUACAACAGCAGAAGGAGAUGGAGGCAGCAGUUCUCAUUCAGAAGUACUACAGACGAUACAAACAGUAUGCAUACUACAAGAAGAUGACACAGGCAGCAGUGUUGAUACAAAGUCAGUUUAGAAGUUAUUAUGCACAAAAACGCUUUAAGAAGAGUCGAGAUGCAGCUGUUGUGAUUCAAAACCAGUACAGAACUUACAAGGAACAUGAGAGGUUAAAGAAGGGAGGUAACCAGUCAGUCAUCAUUCAACAAAGGUUUAGAAGUCACUACCAACGGAAGAGUUCUGAUGGAACAGUUCCCGAGGGUCAUAUAGUUCAACUUGUAUCAGAGGCUGGAGACAGCUCCCAACCCGAGCCAAACAACACGGGUUGCGACAGCACUCCACCGGAGGUAUCCGACACUGAAAACAGCACAUACCAGCAGGACAGUACAUCUGAGGGGACAAAGGAUGCAGACUGA